AUGGACGAAAUUUGGAGAAUUAUCUUUCUAGCAAGCACCACAACACUGCUCCUACUAGCCCUAUAUCCCCUCUAUAACAUCUUCCUGCAUCCCCUACGAAAAUAUCCCGGCCCAACCCUCUGGGCUGCCACUCGACUCCCAUGGUGUUGGCACCAAUUCCACGGCCAACUUCAUCAUGAAAUACUGCAUCUUCAUGAGAAAUACGGAAAGAUCGUGCGCGUGGCCCCGAACGAGCUCUCGUUUACAUCUGGCUCUGCAUGGAAAGCUAUCUACGGGCCACGCCCGGACGAAAUGUCAAAAGACCCGGUGUUUUCUCUCCUCACACCUACCGGCGUGCAAAACAUUUUAACUGCUGAUCGAGCAACGCAUACAAGACAGAGACGGCUCCUUUCCCAUGCCUUUUCGGAAAACGCCUUGCGAGAGCAGCAUGAUAUUAUCGAGGGAUAUGUGGAUCAAUUGAUGGAGCAGCUUUCGCUGCGGUCUUCUCGGCCGGUCAACAUCGUCGCAUGGCUUACAUACACCGUAUACGACAUACUCCGUGAUCUCUCGUUUGGUGAACACUUCACCUGUCUUGAUAAUGGAAAGGCAGAUCUAUUCGUCAGUUCGAUACCCGCCAUCUCAAAGGAGCUGACCUUUAUCCAAAUAUUCAGAUUCUAUGGUGUCGAUAAAAUCCGACGACUGUUCAUGCCGAAGUCAAUAUCCGGGGCUAGAGCGCAAAACAUGGCCCGGGUGGUGGAAACAGUCACGCGAAGGACAGAACGGAAUACAGACCGGAAGGACUUUCUGCAUUAUAUCCUUGCAGCCAUGGAGACAGACAAAGGCAUGUCGAGGGAGGAAAUGGAGGUCAAUGCAUUCUCAUUCAGCAUUGCCGGGUCGGAGUCAUCUUCUACAACACUCAGCGCAUUCACGUUCUAUAUCUGUACUCAUCCUGAUGUGUACAACACGUUAGUCACUGAGAUAAGGGAGACGUUCGCAUCGGAAAAAGAGAUCGUCCUGUCAGCGGUGGCUAAUCUCCCUUAUUUAAAUGCCGUCCAGAAUGAGGUCCUCAGGAUCCAUCCCCCUGUUGCUAUCACCCUUCCAAGGGUGACUCCUGCUGCGGGUGCCAUUAUUGAUAACUGCUUCGUACCGGGCGGUACCACAGUGGGGGUUAAUCAUUUCGCGGCGUACCAUGAUUCGAGAAACUUCCAUUGUCCGAACGACUUUCUUCCUGAGAGAUGGACUGGAAGUGAUCCUGUGUUCGAGAAAGAUGAGAAGGAGAGCUUUCAGCCAUUUUCCUUCGGACCUCGAAACUGCUUGGGACGGAAUUUGGCUUGGGCAGAGCUGCGGCUGAUUACGGCGAGAUUACUGUAUCGGUUUGAUUUGAAUAUGAUCGGAUGUGAAAAGUGGGAUGACCAGAAGAUCUGGGGCUUUUGGGUCAAGGAACCUCUAUGGGUGGAGUUGCACAACAGGGAUGGAUGUAUUUAA